CGGGAGUCGAAUUCAAGAGCUCGUAGCAAGCAGUUGUCUAGCCUAUAAAAUCAACAAAAUAUUUUUAUUUAUGUGAAUAUAUUUCCUUUUUUAUUCUUAGUUCGUUCAAAACUCACUGCAAGCAGCUCAAAUAACUAAAAUUAAAGGACAGGGAUAAUUUGAUACGUUUCUAAACAAAAAUAAUGGAGAACGAUAUCAACAAGCCUUACAAGAUUUCCGAUGUAAAUCGAGACAAAAAGAAGGGCAUUGUGGCUAUUUCCCUGGAGGACUUAUUGACUAAAGUACCAGAAAAGCUGGGUUUGCCUGCUGAGAAUUUAACAGUGGUAUUAGAAUCCGACGGGACAGAAGUAGAUGAUGAGGAGUAUUUUUCCACUCUCGAACCUGAUACUUCGCUUAUGAUUCUACACGGCAACGAAAAGUGGGCACCAAAUAUGCCGAAGUGCCAAGUGUCUCUCGAUCAAACUGAUGAAGUAACACUUGGAGAUAAAGGCCAAGUGGCAAACCUUGUCGGGAGGCUUCAGCAUAACCUUUGUCACAUAUCGUUACUGGGUGGUCAGGACUUAGAGCUUUUAUCUGAUAUGGAUCCCGACAGCCUUGCCGAUAUUGUCACCGACAGAGAUAACAGAAUAAUUUUGGAGCACAUUAAAGAAGCUUCAGGAAGAAUACUGUUAGAAAAGAGACAAGCCCAAGAUGCAAUGGAGUUACUGAAGUUGUAUCACCAGAGUGUUGCAAAUGGAGCAGAAGAUGUCUCCCCUCCAAAGCAAGAGAGAGUCUAAGAACCCCAGCAUUAGUUUCUGUGGUAACCUACUAAUGUAACCCUCAUUUAUUUUUAAGGGAUAGAAUAUCUCAAAAGUUUACAAAGAUUUUAUUUAGUUUAUUUAUUCAUAUUUAGAAAGAUCUUAUUGUAAAUUUGUAAAUUUGCUUUAAUAAUUUAUUCAACUUUACUAUUUAUAUAAGUAUUUGCUAGUAAAUUGAUAUUUGCUAGAAAUUAUUUAAUACACCAAUUUGAUGAGGCCUUUAACAGUUUGGAUUUUUAUAGACUGAAGCUUGAUUUCAAUUGAAUUUACAGCAAACCUUACUUGCAUUUAAAUUUUAUGCAAUUUAUAAGUAGGAAACUAUUUUUUUUUUUUGCUAUGAAACUUUCAUAAAAUUAUUUCAUUUGAUUUGAAUAUCAUAUUAGAGGGAAAUAAGCAGGUAGGUAUGUGAUGAAAUUAUAGAUGUUAAUUAAUGUAAGACGCUAAUCUUAUGAAAAUGAGCUGAAAUUGAAAGUUAUUAAUAUGGUAUCACUAUAAGACAUUAUAAGGUAAAAUGUAGAGUCUGUAAAUGUUCAUAAAGUAAAUUUGCUAACCAUUGUUUUUUAAACUUAUUAUCUCAGUUUUUUUUUCAUACCUAAUUAAAUCAUGUUGUACUAAUUUUUCAUACACUUUUUACUGUCAUAUGUUAAGUUUUGUUUAAUUUUCAUUUAACUAUAUCAUAUAAUAAAUAUCAUUAAUUUGAUGUGUAUACAGGAUCAAGUUUUCACUCACUUAAAUGUUUAGUAUAAUAAUGGAUCUGACAAUAGAUUUGCUAGAACAUUACCAUUUUAGAUGUUCAAUAAUCAUCUACUGUGUUGUCUCUUUUUGUAAACUUUUGAGGAAUAAAUUGCCACAAGGUUGAUAAACAACAUCAAUUCAAAAGACUGAUAGUUGGUAAACUAAUUUUUUUUAUAUAGUUUUACCCCUAGAGUAAGAAUUUAUUAUUUUAAUUCCAAAUUUGCUCAAUCCAUUUAGAUAUUAUGUAAGUUUUCCUAAGUUUAAUUCCACUGCCAUAUAUUCAAUAUCCAACAUACUUACUUGUAUCCAGACUAUGGGGGGUGUAAUUGUAGGGAUUGUAAUUGAAUGGGCAUUCCUUUUUGUGUGUUAUGGCCAAAAGUAGAAUAUUGCUUUUCCUCUUCACUUAUUGUAAAAUAAUGUUAGCACUAUUUAGAAAUGUAUCCUUUAAAAAAAUAUUAUUAUUUAAGUAUUUAUUAUUAUCUAGUAAUAUUGAAGUUGUACACAUAUGCAUACUUCUGUCAAGGCGGUUAUAUUAUAUCAUAAUUUAUUAUAACUUUACCUUUGAAUUUUAUUUUUGUCAUCAUUAUUGAACUAGGUACCUACUGUUAUUUAUUUUUAAUAUACAAUGCACUUUCUCAUAAAUCUAGCAAUGUUUGACUAUAGAUAUAACAUCAAUAUUCUAGUAAUCUGUAAUACUUGAUAUUUACCCUUAUAUAGUGCAUGUGGUGUGAUAACAUUAAAAUCUAAUACAUAAAUAGAUAAGAACAUUGUAUACAUGUGUUUAAUGUAGAAGAAGUUUAACAUAGCAGUGAUUCCCUAGCUUGUUUUCGAACUCAGUAAUAAUUUAUCCCAAUCCGUCAAUUUGCCAUUUAACAAAAUAAAAACUCGCGGGAAUCUAAAAAGUAUUGCUACAUUUUAUUUAACCCUGAAAUUUAUGAUUUUUUAAAAUUGCAGAGUGAAACCAAGCUCAGAGUAAGUUAUGGAAUUGUUUCACCUUUGGUGUAAUACUUAUAGCGGAAUCACAGAUAUAAUGGUCUGUGAGUGGAAUUGAUGAAAGUGGUAUUACUUUUUCUGUGCACAAUAUACGAAUCUAGGAGCC